AUGCGCGACAAAAAGUCACAACCAGAAAAACAAUCUGCCUUAUCAAGAGCAGUCCUAGCUUUUCUACUGACGCUAGGCUUCGCUUUACUAGUUACAGCCAUUCUGGGGUGUAUUGGUGCACUGAGGGAGAACGUGAAAAUUCUUUAUGUGCAUGCCUGCUUUUUAAUAUUUCUGGUAUCAGUAGAAGUAUUAGUGGGUGUCGGAGGAGCUGUUUUGAGCGCUUGGAUAGGUGGAGGAAAUGGAUUGCGAGGACAGUUCUAUCGCAACACCACUGUCGAUGACCAAGGUGUGGAACAAGCCUUUUGGGAUAAGUUGCAGUCUGAGAAUCUAUGCUGCGGUGUAGAUGGGCCCCAAGAUUACGCAAACCUACAACUGGAGAUACCAGUAUCCUGCUGUUCUCCUGCGCACUCUUUGCGCCAAGGUGGGGCAAGGCGUCAGUUGCAUUCCACCUGCCUCUCCGAGAGAACCUAUUAUAUGCGAGGUUGCGACGAAGUAGUGAGGGGGAAAAAGGCUUUGAAAGGGGAUAUUUUUAUUAGCACAGGUGUUAUAUUUACCCUUCUUGAGGUAACCUGUAUAAUUAUAUCAAUUUUCAUGGCAAGAGGAGUUGCUAGCGAGCGUCGAAAGCUUCAACAAACGUUGCAAGCUCAUUUUGAAAGUUAA